UGCGCAUGUGCGGACCGGACAGACAACACUCAGAUCAAGAUGGCAUCGUCCAUGAGUGGGAUGUUCUCCGGUCAACAGCCGCCUGGUGCGCAUCCCGUCGGGGGUCCCGUUGGACCGGGCCAGCCGGGCUUCCCCGGUGCAGCUACCAGGGCCCCGGGAAACAACACGCUGGUGGAUGAACUGGAGGCUUCCUUCGAGGCAUGUUUUGCAUCCCUGGUAAGCCAAGACUAUGUUAAUGGGACUGACCAGGAGGAGAUUCGAACUGGUGUUGACCAGUGCAUACAAAAGUUCCUGGACGUGGCUCGACAGACGGAGUGCUUCUUCUUACAGAAAAGGCUUCAGUUAUCUGUGCAGAAACCAGAGCAGGUGGUGAAAGAGGAUGUGUCAGAGUUACGUAACGAGCUACAGAGGAAAGAAUUGCUGGUUCAGAAACACUUGUCCAAACUGCACCACUGGCAACAAGUGCUUGAGGAUGUGAGUGUGCAGCACCGCAAACCCUCAGACCUUCCCCCUCCUGGACCACUGGCCUUUCUGGAGCAGGCCUCUGCGAGUCUGCCCCCUGCCCCUUUAAAACCAAACUAACACACCAAAAGGUACGAUCACAUUAGACCUGACCUGCAAGUUAGCUGCAGCCGGCUGGAGAUCGCACCAAAACGGGAAACGCAUCAUCGAUCAUACAGGCUCGGUUUGAAGUAAAUGGGAGAUGGAGUGAAUCUUUGCAGGACAGAAGUGUAAUGUGGCCGUACCUAAACACUGAAGAAUACACACACACCGUAGUUCAUGUGAUGCCCACUGUCAGGUGUCAACCUGUGAGAAAACUGAAGACGUUUGCUGUCACUGCCCAGCUGUGGGAAAAUCAUGACAUAGUUUUAUUUCAACUUUUCUUUUUUUUUUGGAUUUAUGUAAAUAUUUCUGUUGCUGACUUUUUUUACUGUAAAAAUAAAAUUUGAGUAUUUUGAAUCUGGA